AUGUGGAAGAACCUAGAAGAUCUCCAAACCGGACGCAGCUGUCAUCAGUUUAUCCGAGUAACCGACGUUCCCGUGGCUGCGUUUUUCAACUUGGAUAGGCUGGGACUUGGGAGUCGACUAAGCUACAAUACCGAGAGCCAGGACCUGGAGAUUCGGCUGACGCCGUCAAGGGGGCAUGAGAGAGCCCAUCGCUCGUUCAUCAGGCAGAUCGAAAAUAAGCUGUCUGCUCUCUGUGUCCCCGAAGAUGACAUGGAUCCAUUCAUAGCAGCCACAACAUACCCUGGUCACUCGGGAUACAGACAAGCCGACUCAGCUAUCUUGCCCCUUCCUGAAAGACCUGGCGAGCGCGAUCCUCCGACCCUCGUCAUUCUGUGUGGUGUCAGCGAGUGUCUGAAUGAGCUCUUGAGAGAGGCAAAGUGGUGGCUGACGCAGACGCAACCACCUGUCAACGUAGUCAUUACCAUACGUCUCGAUUUGCGGCCCCGCACCGUUAUAAUUGAAGUGUGGAAGCUGCUGUCUUGUAGCAGUGACUAUUGCAGUGGAUCUAGCGACAGUCUAUGCCCUAGAAGUGCAACGGAGGUCAUCUUAACACCCGAGGGAGAUACAAACAAUUACCGCGCAUCUCGUGGUAUUUCCCUGCAAUUCCGAGAUAUUAUGCCCCGUGAGCCACCGGUUGGAGGAGAAGAGAUUGUCAUUCCGGAACAGGAUCUGGAGAAUUGGGCUCGGAUGAUCUUCGAGCGUAUGGACAGGAGAUGA